AUGAAUUUCAUUAAAGAAGCCAUUUGUGAUAAUAACGAUGAAGUGUAUAAAUACCUUCUCGGUUGGAUUGCAUCAAUGAUUCAACAUCCUGGAAUCAAGAAUGAAACAGCAAUUAUUUUGAAAGGACUUCAGGGAACAGGUAAAAACAGAUUUACAGAUAUUAUUUCUGAACUUCUCGCUGGUUAUUCAUGUAAAAACAUUACUGAAAUAAGUGAGCUAACGGGUAAUUUCAAUUCAGUAGUUGAGAAUAAAAUGUUUCUUGUACUUAAUGAACUCAAGAAUGUAGGUGAAGACAGACUCGCAAACUUCAACGCUUUGAAAUCAAUUAUUACGGAUAAUCAAAUUAGAAUUAAUGAAAAGAAUCAACCCAGAAGAACUGCUCAGAACGUUGCAAACUUCAUUUUCGUAACUAACAACGUCUACCCUGUCAAAAUUGAAGUUGGAGACAGAAGAUACGUAGUUUUAAGGGUUAAUGGUAAAUUCAAGGGUCAAUUUGAUUACUUCAAGAAUUUAAUGGAUUCAUGCACUAAGGAAUUUUAUGAUAAUUUACUGACGUAUUUUAUGCAAUAUGACCUUUCAUCAUUUAAUGUACGAAUCAUACCGAUGACUGAAGCCAAACAAGAUUUAAUCGAGUUAUCAACAAAUCCUUUAGAUGUAUGGAUAAAUACACAUUAUGAUGAAUUGUGUGCAGGUAUGACGUGUGAAAAUGCUCUAUUCUGCAAACCAUCAGACAUGAAAGACAAAAACUUUCAAAUGAGUAUUAAGGAUAAAUGUGAUAGGAAACAUAGAAGAAUAGACGGUAAACAAACAUGGUGUUAUGUUUUGAAAGAAGAAAUGAAAGGAUUAUAUAAACAGGUUGAACCAAACGAUAAUGAGGAUUCAUUUACUGACGAUGAAAUACCUGUAAAUGAAGCUUUAUAA